AUCAAACUUUCGAGUUCAACCCAGAGUUCAACCCCUAGCUACUGGCAACCCCCACAACCCUCUAGGACGCUGUACAUAACGAACAUACAGACUUCGUUGGGGCGGAAGCAAGCCGAAUAACUACUAUUCCUCAAAUUUGUGUACAGAGACACUGGUCUUCGCUUAUCUGCACAGGAAGCGGGACUGCUUCGUCGAGCAGCUAACCGUCGCGAAGAUGCAAGAUUUCGCACGCCAUUCCGGUAACCCGGCUCUAGAAUGGCUUCGGCAGCAGCCUGAUUUGGCACAAGUGAGCGUCGUGGCUCACGUACCGCCAAAAGACCAGAUCGACUUCGUAGCCAACAAUAAAGAUACAUGGAUCGAUUUGCGAAAAGAGCUCCUACUCCUGCUGAACAGAGGAUUGUCAUUGGAGCAGUUGGAGAUGUUGGGACUGGAGCUCAGUGUGAUAUUAACAUUUAUUGGAGACGUCUUGGAUGUCAAAUUACCUUUUACUUCCGUUGACGCCAAUGGGUUGAGCUCGCCAAAAGCUUCGUCAGUCUCCGAUUCGGACAAGGUUGAAGCGGAACUUGCCGUGGGAGCCGCACCCACCCACGACGAAUCACUCAUAACUCCAAAGGAGGAGGUCCCCGCCUUGCAACUCAAUGGCUACCAUCCAGAAGCGGAAUCAUGCAUUGAGAGUGCUUCACUAAAUGUCUCGAGCAAACCGACGUUACGUGUACAGAUAGAGGAUAUUGACGACAGCAAUAUGGUCGUAGACAUGGAUAUUACCGAGACGCCUUCAUCUGGCGUUCGCGAGAUGUCUAUGUCACCGAUUACUGAGGACGAGAACGGUGACGACGGAUCACUAGCAGAAACGCCGCUACCACUAAGUGGCGUGUCGGAACUGGUGGAAGGGGAAAUGGAGCUUGCGGAUGUCACUUCGAUUGAAACGCUGGAAAGGUUCGAAGAGCCUUCAAUGUCAAGUUCACCCGCCAAAUCGCACGGUUUUCCGGAACCUGCCCGCGGUGGAACUGCUGAGCCAAAGGAAGAUGACUCACAUAAUUCAGAGAUGGACAUGUCUAUUGAUGAAGAGGAGAAUGUUUUUCAGAUUGUGGACGGUACCUGGGAAACACUCCGAGCGGGAAGCUCACGUGGCCGGCCGCUGGCGUCCGACUUGAUAGGCACAGGAUACUCUGGAUCCAGCCGUCCGUUUUUCAUCAAGGAACGACCUCUCAAUCUUGUGAUAGAGCUGAGUGACUCGGGAAGCGAUGAUGAAGAAGAUGACGACAGCGUCACCAAGCCGAAGACAAAUGGCACUACGUCUGCACCAGUGCUGGCACCAGCGGCAACUGGGAGCGGGACUAAGCUUUCGGAAAGCGUGAAGAGACGGAUGCUGGAAUUAGCGAUACAGAGGAAAGAGCUGGAGGCGAAGAUUGUUCAACUAGCAGCUAAGCGGCGUAAAACGGCCGCCGGGAAGGCAGCUGGUAGCAGCACGCCCGAAGUUCUCCCGACGAUGUCGCAGGCUCCACCAACAAACACCUCACUUAACCAUACGGCGACAUUACCCCCGCCUUCGCGGGGCAAAUCCCUCUCUCCCAACGAACUGGACAAACCUCGGAAGCUUCUCAGUAGUACUACAAAGCAGCUACCGAUCUCGAAGGAUGAUACUGCUGUAACUGCAUUGGCUCAAGAAACGGAGAGGGCGGCCGAAGUGGUUGCUCAAGCGAGGCAGGCUUACGAAAGGAAACUUGCAAUGGCAAAGAAAUUUGAAGAGCUCAUCGCAACUAAAGAAGCCGAGUUCGCCAAGAUACGGGCAGACAUGAGUGCCGCCGAGCAUGACAUAAAGAAGUACUUGGCCGACAUAUAUGAACAACAAAAGCAACGCGGAGAUCUCGAACGGGGUAUCUUGAAUCGUCGCAAGGAGAUGGCCGAGAUUAUGAAAAAGAUCAAAAGCGACGAGGCAGUGAUUGCAUUGUCUCUGGAGAACGAGCGUGCCUUAUCCGAGAAGAUUUCGACUCUGAAGCGUGACAUAGAGUCCAAGGGAAAACAGAUAUCUGACGGGCAGCCAGCUCUUUUUGCUCAAAAAAGCACCCUGACGAGGAUCAUGAAUCCUCAACCUGCUGGAAAGCUUGUAUCUCCUGCGCCCACACAGGCGGGCGUCAUGGAAGAGCCUAACUCAGACAGCGGGUCAAUCAAAUCGGACAACUCGUUAAAGCAGUUCAAGGACCCUGCGUUCCACCCGCAGUUCAAGCCGGAGUUCCGCGCAUUCUUGCGAUCGGUCAUCCCACAAAUUAAUGUGUCCUCUGAAGGAAAAUCCGUACUUAACGGUGAAGCCACCUUGGAGAACAUCAAAGGUGGAAAGGACAGACUUUGCCAGGAUCUCCUAGGGGAAAGAAAGCCGACGGUACGCCGUAUGAUGAAUCUGAACGGGCAUCUCCGUAGGGAAGAUGAAGUCGCCCUGAUGUCCGACGCGUAUACUGCCGGGGUUCCUGUUAAUGGCCGUUGGAACGCACCCUCCGCGGAAGAGUCUCAGAAUGACGACGCGCAUCCGCCCGCGCAAGGCAAGAAGCGUCUUGCGCCAUACAGCAGCACAAUGUCGCAAUUCAGAUCAUUCCGCUUUGCGAAGGAGUACGACAAGGAUAUAAAAUCCCUAACUUGGAGCAACAAAGUCGACCCUCUUCGGAAUAUUUGUCAGUUCGAAUCUGAGGGCGGCGUGUGUCACGAUAAGAAAUGCCAGGGUCAGCACUUUCGCGAUAUCAAAAUGAGUGAGGAUGAGGUCAUGCUGGAUUUGUUAUCGUACAAUGCCUCUGAUCUACCACAAGAAACGAUUCGGGAACUUAAGGACCGCGUGCAUGCAUUCGCAUCCAAGGGCCGAGCUCUGGACAAGUUGGCUAAAACGAUCAUACAGCAACAGCAGCAAAAGCGGGACAACGACAUUGUAUCCAUGUCGAUUGGAAGGAAACGCGAUUUGAAGCAGAUGCUGAAUGACGGAACUUCCGCGGAAACCGAAAAGUCCCCGAACGACUCCAUUCCCGAUGCAUCGCCAGGACGAAAGGAUCAUUUGUCUUCAGCUGCACCGAAGACUGACGGAAAACCCCGUUUGCCACCCAAAGUGCCAAUACUCAUAAAUGGCUUGCAGAAAGCAAUGGAUGGCGAACAGGUGAAACACGGGCGAUACUUCGAUGCACCCCUCACGGAAGACGAAUUCGAAUCAUUGGUUUCCAGUGACCCCACAAAUGUCGAGAAUUGGAUCAAAUAUGCUGCGGGAAUGAUUCCGACGAAGAUGAACCUAGAAAAGCUGGAAACUCCAUCUUCAAACUUCAAUAAAGCAAUGCAUGUCCUCUCCCGUGGGUUGCAAGCCAAUCGGACGUCUGAAGGGCUUUGGACAUUUUACAUGGAAUUGUUCACUAGGAGAGGCGAAGGGAAAGACGUUCGGGAAAGCUUCGCGCAAGCCAUAGAAUUUCUACCGGAUGCUGUUACAUUGUGGUGGAUGUGGUUUCUCUGGGAGACGGACAUCAUCGAAAAAGAAUCUGUCUUGAAACGGAUGAUUACGACUUUCUUGGCGGAUGGAAGGGUGUCGUCACCUGUCAGCAAGGCCGCCCUUUUCGACGCAUUUGUACAGCUUUCAAAUUUGUACAUGGAGGACGGAAACCCUGAUGCGGCAAAACGCUGGAUGUGGGCCUUUCUGACCGCGGAAAGCGUCUCUGGAAUGUUUGAGGCUUCCAAUCAAGAUUCAGCGGCUUCUGGCCAUCCGGUACGGAGCAACAUACCAGUACUGAAGAACACCAUCGCCUUCAAGCAUCUCGAAUCCAUGGACCUUCACCUGGGGUGGUUAUUCUACAUUCAUUGCGAACAUUUCAACCACUUACCGGAGGGAAUUUUCCACACCUACCCAUACAACCACCUUACUCGGCGUGACUUCUGGGAAAUCCAAUGGGAGGCUCAUGUUACCCCAACUUGGGGGAGUGAGAACUUGCAGGACACACUUCGCAUAGUGUUCGAGAGGAUCAUCGCCUGGUGGCGAAGGGAGGAUACAUCAUAUUUCGCGUUGCUGCGCAACUACUUCAACUACAUGAGGAUUGUGGAAAAGAGAUCGAGAGAUGAAAGGCUCCGGAUCUCUGAAUUCCAUCGCAUGCAGCACCGUGACCAGGAUAAUUUUCAAAAUCAGGUUGUUCAUCUUCUAGAGACGACUGGUAGCGGAGAGUUGUCCUCGUUCCCGGGCGUCACUUUCUCGCAGGAUAAACCUGAGGGCCUUCCGGUGUGGAAUAGACAUAUCAAAGUGCUUUUACAAGCAAAUGACACCACACGAGCGAUACAGAGCUUGGUCAACUGCAUACGCGCAAUGUUUACCGGCUUGAAACCCGUUGGUGAUAUGGGAGCAACAGAAACUGGACGAAUCGUCGACGAAGCUUUGCUGCUAUAUCGAAAGGCCCUCGCGCUGAACAUUCCAGGGCUUCGAAGCACCCCGGAACUGAAACAUAUGUCAGUCCGGACCGACCUGAUGUCCAAUCCAUAUCUAUGGCUGCAAUACUUGUUGCUGCAGAGCUUUCGCAUUGCCGAGGAUGAUGCGCCAAAUGAUAUUCUCAACACCCUCGAACAUGCGUUUGAGGCUGUCUCGGAUCCCGAUGGAAGGAGGGUUUUAUGGACUGAAUAUGUGCGGUACUUCCUUGCAAAGGACCCCUCAGAGCCUUUACAUCCGGAAAGCGAGACAACCUUGGAGGAAGAUAAAUCCGCCAAAGCGGCAAUGGCUGUCAUCAUCCGCGCUCUACGGGAUAUGAGGAUCAACAUGAUUUCGCAUCCCGGCAUUGCGAGCGGGGAAAUGGUCGACUACGUUAAGCCCGUACCUUUGACAGAUCCGACCAUUGCGGAAUCUUCAUUCCGGAUAUAUUUCGAUUCCCUAUCCACGGCCAAACAGACACAGGUGCUGGAUCAAGUAGCGCGAGGUCAAUUGCCUUUGGGUCUACAUCCUUUCACCGCGAAAGCCGCAAUGAAAGUGUUACCGGAAGGCACGCGACUAUCAUCUUGCCUGCAAAUUCUCUAUAGGCUUCUUGCAAUGUAUCCCAAGACUGCCGGGCUUUGGCGCAUGACGGUCGCAUUCGAGUAUGUUAACCGAAAUACUCACCAAGCACAGCUUCUCUAUGACCUCGCUAAAGCUUAUACCCGCUUCCAAUGAAGCCGGUAGAGUUGACAUGACGAUCGGGACUUUUGACAAUGGCAUUCGAUACCGAUUAUCACACCACUCACUCAUCCUGGACGAUCGACACAUACAUUGAGAACUUUGGUAUCUCCAGAUACUCAGGCUCUCUGGAUACCCGAGCUUUUGAUCACUUUUCCGGCAUUCAUGAUCACUUUCCGGCAUUCGCAUGAGAGUCAUAGGCGUUAUACACAUCUACAUUUUGGACUCCUGACGGGGUGCAUUCCUUUCCCCUCCGAUUUUGGUUGCUGGCGGCCAUUGUAAAUAGCAAUGAAUAAUGAAUGAACAGAAUUUCGAUCAUCC